UGUUCGAGAACAACAUGGAAAUUCGACGACACCUCAGAGAGACGCACUACGCCACACGUAUGCUCCGGUUACAACUGCCGCCCAGGGAGCGCAAGCCGUUGCUGAAGCUGAAGUGGACACGUACACACACGCUGAACCUGGCGUCGUACAUAGACUAUGUGGCGGGCAAGAAGCGAGUGAUGGAAGCUCAAUAUGAAAAAAAAGUUAUGACAGAUCUCGAAUUGAUAUCGAAACGGACCUGA